AUGACCAAGGCCCCUUUCUCUGUGGAGUGGCUGUCCCAGAGCAGCCAGGCCCCCAAAAGUCCCACCCAGGGCACCCCGCACCGAUCAUCGCCCUCGGCCGCCGUCCGCCGUCUCGCCUCGAGCUCCAGACCCGGACUGAGCGAACGGAGCAAGGAGAAAGGCGCCGGGAAAGGCAGGGAGCCUUCGGCAACACCCCCCGCUGCAGGUGCAGUGGGGCAACCGCAAGAGGAGCGGGGCCGCGAGUGCUCGUGCCCCGAGGAGCCGAGGGGCGGCCGGCGGCUGCGCACGGCGUUCAGCGCCGAGCAGAUCAGCACCCUGGAAAGCUCCUUUCAGAGGCACCGCUACCUGGGCGCCGCCGAGCGCCGCAAGCUGGCGGGCAGGAUGCGGCUCUCCGAGGUGCAGAUCAAGACCUGGUUUCAGAACCGCCGAAUGAAGCUCAAGAGGCAACUGCAAGAGUUGAGACCGGAGCCUUUCUGUACUCCAGCGCUCCCUUUCAGACCUCAGGUGUCCCUACCAGUCACCUACAUGGCCCGGCCGCCGCCUCUACCCGGGCAUGAGGCUGCCCCGGGGGGCUUUGCCUUGGCGGCGUUGCCAGCACCUGCCCUGGACAUCAGCAGUGCCUGCAGAGCACAGCCUGCGUUUGGUGGGGAACUGAUCCCGGCAGCGGAUUGGAAUUCGGGAGGUGAGGUGUUUAAGUUCCCAUUUCAGCUCUCAGUUACUCUUCCUGGGCAAUCGCGAACAGCUGCGGAGGUGUCACCGAUCCCUGGGCAGCGCGGAGUGGCGUGCGUGGGAACUGGGUUCCUGCUCCGAUUUGCACUGGCUCGCACCGAGGCUAUCUCGGCGCUUUGUCCCUCCGUUGAGCAAAGAGCUGAAUGGGAAUUCCGUGAUAAAUCGCUUUUAAUGCAAAGCGCGCGUUUGGUCCCACAGUGCUGA